CCUGGACACCUGGGUUCUCUGCCUUCUCAGGCCAGGGAGGGAAUGUGGCCUGGGGCUACAGGAGGACGAUGCCUGUCCAGACUGACUACAGGUCUCUGUCACUGACCCCAUUGCUCCAAAGCGGGUCCCGACACUGGGGAGCUUUGGGAGCAGCCUGCAUGGUGAUCCCUGCCAGUGUGUGCAGAUCCCAGUCCAGGCGUCCCCCAGGGGGCAUGGGAUGAGAGAGAGUCACUUCCAGCUGGGGGGAAGACAGGCCCAUUGGGGAGCGGCUAUGUUGCCCCAGACUCACGGCUGCUCCCUGCUCAGUUCCAGGAUGGACGUGCUGAGAAGGUAUCUCAGGAGGAAGGCUCCGCAGGUGGCCCCGGAGCCAGAGGGGAGCAGCUGCCAGCGUCCCCAGAGAGAGAGCUGCCCCUCCAUCCGCAUGGCAUGGGAAGCAGGCCCCGGCCACCCCAGGAGAUGGUCCUGCUCGGCCUUGCUCACCGGGAGGAAACCAGCCCCCAGGGCUGGUGCCGAGCAGAGAGAGACAACAUCCAGGCCGAGAUGGAGGUGGCCCAAGUUCAAUGUGGGCAGGCAGGACUCAGCCCACGGCAGGAGCCAGGCAACGCAGCUCUGGGUUUGCUUCUGCUGGAAGACCUGCCCUCAUCCCAGCUGCGUGGGCCAGCAGGAGGCAUCCCCAGGGCAGGAGCUGGGGGAUCGCUGCCCCAGCAGCUCAACUGGUGCUGGAGGGGAGAGUGGCCAUUCCCUGGAGGCUCCCUGCAACACGGAGGCUGAGUGCUCCUCCAGUGCAGAGACCCCCCACCGACCAGUCAGAGAAGGACCUUGCCCCUGAGGAGAAGGCUGAGGAGAAUGAAGACCCAGCCGCAGAAGGAGAGGAAGAG